GGUCAAAGAAAAAUGGCUUAGCACUCGUAGCUCCCUAUUUACUGUGGUAAAAAAAUAUAAUUUUUAAGUUUAAAUGGCCUUCAGUGAUUUGUGUCACAUAAGUAACGCGUUUAAAACCGUCGAAAAUGAAGCUGAUCAGUCGGAACGUAUUAUGGAAGAGAAUGCCAUGGUCCGGGAUCUCAUCACAAAGAUCCUUGAUGAGACUGGACCGGGAGAAGCCAGCGGCCCAGUACCACCACCGGAAAACAGUGUAAACAGUGUACAACCAAGCACAAGCCAGUACACAAAUAAUGACACAUACAUGCCAUCUACAUCCUUUAACUAUAACAACAAUCUCUAUAAUCAAUUCAACCAAGGCGAAAAUGGUUACAACUAUAAUAUGCAAAAUGGCUUUAACACGAACGGCUUCGUCAAUUAUUCGGACAACGAUAUCAACCCCCUACUCUGCUUGGAAACAGUGACUGAUGACACAGUUACCCAAGAACAGCUUAAUCUUCUCCGACUAGCAGCUCAAGAGAUCGGAGGUGCCCAGUUCACAAGUCCAAAUAAAUAUGAUGACAAAUUUUUCAACUACUUCGAGCCCAACCAAAGAAAUUCUCUCCCGGAAGCUGGUAUGUACUCCAGCAGCUAUAGCAGACCAAACAGCCUCGAAUUGGAUUUGAACUUCAACUCGAAUUAUGAUAGCAUCUUCAAUGCGCAAAGGAUUCCAAAUAAAUAUGAAAAUGGUUUCCCGAAAGAACAGGUUCAGGAGUCGCCGGAAGUUCUGGCUUAUUUAAGCCAAUUGAGCUUGAACAUUGAACGGGCAAAGAACGAUCCACUACUGCAAGGCGAUUACAAGCUGCCAAUAGACUUGGGCAGUGCUUAUCAAAACGAUGAUUUUAAUAAAAUGCAAGAGGAAAGAAACAAGCUGUUCUACGGUAAUAGGGGUUUCCAACAAGUUCCUAAUAAGGGUUACAAUUGUGAGAAUAGUUUUUACCCAAACGAUUUGAUGUCUCAAGUGACUGAAAGGAAUUUUCAAAUUCCGAAUUACGACUUUUCGAACCCUUCGAUGAAUGCUUUGAAUUACAAGAUAAAUGGCUAUCAUCAGCACAACGAUUAUGCACAAAGGCGAGAUAUGAACCAGCUGUUGCCUCGGGACGGUUAUCAGGGUACUAAUGUCGACCGAACGAGUUUCGAUGGUAUGGGGCGCGAAAAUGUUCAACAGACUCUAUUGAAACAGCAGGAGUUGGCGAGACAAAUGUCUCUUUUAAUGAGGAGCCGACCCCCACCAAACCAGUUAAAUGUUGAUGUGUCCUUUAUGCAUGAAAAUCCAGCUUUUAAUAUUGGUAUCGGAGCAUUGGUCGGUCCCAGUCCACCACAUGUGCCACCACCAGUGUUACCUUCACCGCUGGUCGAUUUACCUGUACUGGUGCCAUACUAUGCCAUGAGGAAUAUGAGGGCUGUUGCUACAACUUCCAGCGUCCUGCACGUGCGGCUCGACGAGUGCUACGAACAAUGGAAGCAGCUGGAGCGAGAGAGGAAGCGGACAGAGGCCAGACUGGCCUUGGCUUAUCCGGGUCGAGCGGUGUCCUCCUCCAACUCUAUACCUGUUCCAAGGUUACCACCCUGUCCUACGAGGGUCGAUCGACUCACCGUGGACAUGCUCAGGGAACAUACUAAGGUAUUAACACUUAUGGGCAAGAUGGAGACGCUUCGUGCAAGUGUCUGUGUUGCUCAAAACAAGAAACCAAAUAAGCCGGAAGAUGGCAAGAUAACAGUAUUAAAGCGGGGGCAAGACAACGUGUCAACGGAAAAGGAAAUUGACCCCGCGACCUUCGACCCCAGCAGCUGGAAGGAAGAUGUCAAAAAUAUGUCGGAAAUUGCACCGCACAGUGAGGUGGAAAGCGCGAUGCUGGCGUGGCGCAACUCCGUGGCUGCCGUGCAGGCGGCGAGACGUCGUGAACUGGCAGCGCCACAACCAAACACACGCGUCCUGCGUCCAGACCCUAUCGUGCAGCUGUCGGAGGCGGUAAAGCAGCUGUGCGAGUGUGCGCGGCGCGCGCGCUGCGCCAUGUGGUGCGACCUCACGCUCACCGUGGCGCUGGCGCCGCUCGCGCAGAUGUCAAUUUCGCCGCCAAUACAAAAACAGACUACGGCUCCGAAACAGUCUCCCCAAGAGAGUGCCACUAACGCGUCCAGUACUUCCAAACCACAAGAAAAGAAAGAGGAGAAAUUAACCACCGAUAACCAGCCAUCAGCGUCCGAUACCAAACAAGAGAACGAACAGAAAUACAAUAAAGAUAAGAACAAUCACCGUCGUCCACAAAAUUUCAGGAAGCUGAACCAACGUAAUGACUUCUACCAAAGGAACGUGAGGUAUGAUAACAGGAUGGUACACAACAGACACCCGUAUCACUACUUGGCUACAGGACCCAUUAACUAAUCUGUAAUCGACUAAGGUCAUUUUGGAGCGAAAACUUUUAAAACGAACUCACUUUUACGUAUGCAAUUGUCACUUAUGUAAAAUGGAAUUUUUAAAUACUUUGCUUUAGAGUUGCAACGAAUUCAAUAUCAUUUGUAUUCUUGGCGAAUUAGACAUAUCUUAAAGUAUUUUCAUUAUUACAAACGAUAAAUUUAACAGGAAAUAAUGAUUGUUUGAUUUUGAUAAAAACGAUUAAGCAAUUAGAAUGCUCCGAUUUUGAGGAAAGGAUUUUGCACCGAAAACCGUAAUGCGACAUUAUUCGGUACUCUUUUCGUUGCAACUGUAAUUUGCAUAAGUCAUACAAUUUGUUUUUUAAAAAAAAUAUAUUGAAAUUCUGUGAGUUUUAUGUUGUAAUAAGAAAUAAGUCUGAAUUUUAUAGAAAAUUUAAUUAUAUAAAAAGCGUACGGUAUUUCCGUUUGAUAAAUUGUACGAUGUUAU